CCAAAAGAGAGAAGAAGAAGAAGAAGGCAAUAAAAAGAAGCCACCGGCGCGAGAAAAGUCGCGUUUUUUUUUUAUUUCUAUCAAUACCCAACUGCUCUCUACACCUUUCCUGGAAAAUUCCGUGCUUUUCUCCUUCUUCUUCUUCAAUACCCAAUUUUCACAAAUUUCAAACAAACCCAUAUCCCUGGAUCUACGCUUCCGUGAUUUCCCCAACUUCUCUCAAUUCGAUUUGGGUUUUCUCCGGUGGUGAAUUCCCUGACUUUUUGGUUUUUAUUUUCCGAUUUAGGGUUUGCUUCGUCUUUCUCGGGUUAGGGUUCAUGAUGGGUGAGGAAGGUUCAGUGUUUGGGGUUGGAGAUGAUUUGCCCGGUGAUGAUUGUGAUGGUGCUUUUGCGUUUGAUGAUGAUGACGAUGCUAUUGAUAUCGAAACUCUUUACCGGAUUCUAGAUGAGAAGCCUCUUUCUGCUGAGGCUAGCCAAGAUAAUUUAUCACCAGCUGGUUCAUCUGCUGACGAGCUCAAGCAUUCACAGUUGCAAAAUGGAUCUCAGACGGAUGAUUGGUUUUCUUCUCGGGAUUCAUAUAGCUUAGGAGCCUCGCAACCAGGGACUGGGGUGUCAGGCUCAUUCGAUGAACAAAUGAAACUGGAACCUGGGCUAAGUCCUUCACCUGCUUAUACUUGUUCUGCAAGUCUUAAAGAUUGGUUUUCGUUAAGCCAAGGUGAGCAGCCUGUGGAAACAUGUGGAGUUUCUCAAUCUGAGAUGACUAGUUGUAGUAUAUCGUCUAGUUUCUCUGAUCAUGAUGGCAAUGUGGCAUUCAAUCCAGUGAAUUGUGACGUUGACACUGUUUCGAAGCAGGAUGACAAGAUUAUUGAUUCCAAAUUUACAUCGACCAGCUCCACAAUGAUGAUUCCAUAUUUUGAUGACGAGUCUGGAUAUGGAGCGGGUUUGGGAGCCAAUCAUACCUCCUCUGUCAUGUCGGGAUUUUUUAAUAACUCCAAUUCUCUCAGUGACAGUGGGGAUAACUAUGUCUCUUCUGCACAAGACUGCUACAAUACAAGUGGUGCAUCCUUUUCAGAACAUACCCCCAAUUUUGUCCAGAAUUUUUCGUUUCAGCUCUUUCCCAAUAAAGAAGAAGAAGCUGUAAAUGAUAUUGAGAGUGGAGUUAGUGAGUCUCAGUCAGAUGGUGCCAGCCGGAUGACUUUUGAUAGACAUGGGAGAGUAGACAAUGGAUCUUUAGAAAGGAAACCUGCCAUUGAUUUUUCUAGUGCAAGAGGGAUCAGUUUCAAGUGUGAAAGUUAUCCUUCAGCUUCUCCUGCCUGUGGUGAACUGCACAACAAUUUCGACAGUCAUUUAGCUGAUAAUGAUCUUGACCGGCCUGAUAAUUGUUCAAGCAGUUUUCAGGAUAACAAAGCUGUUCAUUUGACUGCUAAACCAGAGGCUGAGUCAGAGAAAGUGGUCUACAGUUCAGUUCCAGGGGAAUAUAGUAUCAGGGACGAUGCAUAUGCACCUGAAGAAACCAAUCAUUGGUGGUCUGGUGCAUCAAGUUGUGCAGUCUCCUACCAAACAGAUAUUGAAAAAGGAUACUCAUAUAUGGCACCACAAACUGCUUUCCCUAGCCAGGACAGUGGCAACAGAAGCUCCAGUAAUUUUUAUGAUUCAGAUGCAUGUAUGCAAUAUGUAGCAGAAGAUCCCAGCCCAGUGACACAAAGCAAUGAACAUUUAGAUUUUCAAAUACAUCAAGGAGACGAUGAACAUAUUCAACCAAGGAGCUUUGAUUCUAAUUUCUCAAAUGCCUGCUUUGAAUCAGUUCAAAGCCAUUCUUCAGAAUUGAUAUCUGAUAGUGAUGAUGAUUCUGACAUCUGCAUAAUAGAAACUAAUUGCCAAUCGGCAAUCCCACCUCGACCUAUCCCACCUCGACCUAUCCCACCUCGACCUCAAGCUAUGAUAAACCCAGUGGUUUCUUCAGAAUAUUCUACAAUUGGUAAUAAUUUUCAUCAACCUGGAGGCCUGAAGCUUCAGUCAAAUAAAGAAAAUAUGAUCUUUCAAGCUGCAUUGCAGGAUCUCUCUCAGCCUAAUUCUGAAGCAAGUCCGCCUGAUGGUGUCUUGACAGUCCCGCUUAUGAGACAUCAGCGAAUUGCAUUGUCUUGGAUGGCCCAGAAGGAAACAAGUGGCUUCCCCUGUUCGGGAGGAAUUCUUGCUGAUGAUCAGGGACUUGGGAAGACAGUUUCCACUAUAGCUCUUAUACUGAAGGAACGGUCUAAACCUGCCCAAGCAUGUGAAGAAAGUACGAAGAAAGAAAUUUUUGACCUUGAAAGCGAGAGUGGAGAAUGUGCGCCUUUAAAACCCAGUGUAAAAAGCGAACAUUUUGAAAACAUAGUUGCUGGAGAUAGUGUGGGUAAAGUGAGGGGAAGGCCAGCUGCUGGAACGCUUAUUGUCUGUCCCACUAGUGUUAUGCGGCAGUGGGCUGAUGAAUUACAUAAGAAAGUGACUAGUGAAGCAAAUCUCUCUGUUCUGGUAUACCAUGGGUCUAGCAGAACCAAAGAUCCUCAUGAGUUGGCAAAAUAUGAUGUUGUUGUUACCACAUUUUCUAUCGUAAGUAUGGAAGUGCCGAAACAGCCUCUUGUAGAUGAUGAGGACGAAGAGAAGGGUGGGGUACAUGAUGGUGGAUCUGCAACUACUGGCUUUUGCUCAAACAAGAAAAGAAAAUAUCCUCCUGAUUCUAAGAAGAAAGUCUCAAAGAAGAAGAAACAGGCUGAAUUUCAGUCUGGUCCUCUUGCGAAAGUUUCAUGGUUUAGAGUUGUUCUCGAUGAGGCACAGAGCAUUAAGAAUUACAAAACCCAAGUUGCAAGAGCAUGCUGGGGACUUCGUGCUAAACGGAGGUGGUGUUUAUCAGGGACUCCAAUUCAGAAUUCAAUCGAUGACCUCUACAGCUACUUUCGGUUUCUCAAAUAUGAUCCUUAUUCUUCCUACGUAUUGUUCUGUAGCACUAUUAAGAACCCUAUAACUAGGAACCCAGUGAAAGGAUAUCAGAAGCUGCAGGCUAUCCUUAAAACUGUGAUGCUUCGCCGAACUAAAGGUUCACAUCUUGAUGGGAAACCAAUAAUCUCUUUGCCUCCGAAGUCCAUUGAGUUGAGAAAAGUGGAUUUCACUGUAGAGGAACGUGAUUUCUACUCCAAAUUAGAGGCCGAAUCUCGUAGUCAAUUCAGGGAAUAUGAAGAAGCCGGAACAGUGAAGCAAAAUUAUGUAAAUAUCUUGUUGAUGCUCUUGCGCCUUCGUCAAGCUUGUGAUCACCCUCUUCUCGUGAAUGGUGAUUACAGUUUUACCUGGGAAUCCUCUGUUGGAUUAGCUAAGAAGCAGAUUUUUCCAGAAGCUUCACUGGCAAUUUGUGGUAUCUGCAAUGAUGCACCUGAUGAUGCUGUUGUUUCAGUCUGUGGUCAUGUUUUCUGUAAACAGUGCAUUUAUGAGCGCCUUACAGGUGAUAAUAAUCACUGCCCCUUUGCAAACUGCGAUGUCACACUCACCAUCUCCUCAUUGUCUUCCAAAACAAGAUUGGACGAUGCUAAGUCUGGCAUGCAGGAUAUUGUCACUUCGAAUCAUUUUGAGAGCCUUGGCAGUUCUGAAGAUCAUCCAUAUGGUUCAUCCAAAAUCAAGGCCGCUCUAGAGAUCUUAAAAUCACUGCCCAAACUGCUGGAUUUGACAGACACAAAUCAGAUCUCUCAAAACAGAGAGGACUCAUGUGUUCCUGUAACACCCGUUAAGAGUGAGGUUAUUAGCCUUGGUGUUCCGAUUAAGGUAGCUAGAGAAAAAGCCAUUGUUUUUUCCCAAUGGACAAAGAUGCUGGACCUACUUGAAGCUUCUCUUGUAAGUUCGCGUAUUCAGUAUAGAAGGCUCGAUGGAACAAUGUCAGUUGCUGCUCGAGAUAAAGCAGUACAAGAUUUUAACACUCUUCCUGAGGUGACUGUAAUGAUUAUGUCUCUUAAGGCUGCUAGUCUAGGACUAAACAUGGUGGCAGCUUGUCAUGUUCUGAUGCUGGACUUGUGGUGGAACCCAACAACCGAGGAUCAAGCAAUUGAUAGAGCACAUCGUAUAGGACAAACACGACCAGUAACAGUGGUUCGCUUCACAGUAAAAGAUACAGUCGAAGAUAGGAUAUUGGCCCUUCAGCAAAAGAAGAGAAUGAUGGUAGCCUCUGCGUUUGGAGAAGAUGAAAAGGGAAGCCGGCAGUCUCACCUCACAGUAGAGGACUUGAGCUAUUUGUUCAUGGCGGAUUCAUAAGAAGCGAGCUUCGAGCUCUAUUUUUUUUGGCCGAUGCAGACGGGUACAUAUGAUAGGAUUUUUGUCGGUUUUUGUGCAGUUUUAGGAGGAAGAGACUCUUCAUUUAACUGACUACAGGUUCGUUGAAAAGAAAGAUUAGAAAAUACAAUUUGGGGUUUGGGAUAAAAAAAAAAAUAGAGAGCUGAUAAGAUUUGAUUAUUGGUUCCAUUUAGACUUUAGGUAUUAUUGACAGUUAAUGGAAGAAGACAAUAUAGGAGCAUGAAUUUCUCAUUGUAAGGUCACAAUGUGAUUGGUCCGACGAGUUAUAAUAGCUUACUUCUUAAAGACUCUAA